UAAGACAACUUGCAGAUGACGGCGUGGUGUCUGUCACAGGUUCUACUGAGUCUCAUCUGCUCAGACCUUUACAAGAUACUUUAAACAGAUUGUCAUCCUGGGCUUUGGGGCUUGGGAUUGAGUUUUCUCCUCAGAAAACGGAGAUGGUUGUUUUCUCUAAGAAACGUAGACCUGCUCAACCUAAGCUUCAACUUCUAGGCCGAACGAUCACUCAAUCGAGGUGUUUUAAGUAUCUUGGGGUUUGGUUUGAUUCCAAGUGUACUUGGAGAGCCCACAUUGAGUAUCUGAAAGGAAAAUGCCAACAAAGAAUGAAUUUUCUCCGAUCAAUCACUGGCACCUGGUGGGGAGCCCAUCCAGAAGAUCUUUUAAAAUUGUAUCGAACAACUAUUCUCUCAGUGAUGGAAUAUGGUAGCUUCUGUUUCCAGUCAGCUGCCAAAACUCACCUCCUCAAACUCGAGCGUAUCCAAUACCGUUGUCUUCGCAUCGCUUUGGGCUGUAUGCCCUCAACGCACAACAUGAGUCUUGAAGUUUUGGCAGGAAUACUCCCUUUGAAAGAUCGAUUCAAUCUACUAUCACUUCGGUUCCUCAUCAGGUGUGAGGUCAUGAACCCAUUGGUGAUUGUAAAUUUUGACAGGCUACUUGAGCAAAAUUUUCAAACCAGGUUUAUGUCUAUAUACCAUGUCCUCAUGUCAAUGCAGGUAAACCCUUCUUCAUUCUCUCCAACUCGUGUUUGUAGCCCAGACUACGAUCAUUCUUCUGUCCAGUUUGAUUUGUCUAUGCAGCAGGAAAUUUGUGGAAUCCCGGUCCCUCAUCGUUCCCUUCUGAUUCCAAGAAUUUUCGAAGCUAAAUAUAGACACGUCGAUGCUGAUAAAAUGUACUUUACUGAUGGAUCACUUAUAGAGGAAUCAACAGGAUUUGGAGUGUUCAACGAAAUAUCUAGCGCCUCUUACAGCCUCGAGUCACCAUGCUCUGUGUAUAUAGCAGAGUUAGCAGCUAUUCAUUGUGCUUUGGACAGUAUAGCUUCAAGGCCAGUUGGGCACUACUUUAUUGUAACGGAUAGUCUGAGUUCUGUUCAAGCAAUCCACUCAAUAAAACCGGGAAAGCACUCGCCAUACUUCUUCGAGAAGAUACGGGAUAGUUUGAGUGCUUUAUCAAAACGUCGCUUUAUCAUCACCUUUGUUUGGGUUCCCUCUCAUUGCUCGAUAGAGGGUAAUGAGAAGGCAGACUCUCUGGCAAAGGUGGGGGCGAUGGAAGGCGACACGUACCAGCGUGAAAUUGCCUUCAACGAAUUUUACUUUUUAGUUCGAAGAAACUCUCUUGUCAACUGGCAGCGCAAAUGGGACGAGGAUGAGUUGGGUCGGUGGCUGCACUCGAUUAUCCCAAGGGUAAGCCUUAAACCAUGGUUUAAUAGAUUGGACCUGAGUCGAGAUUUUAUUCGUAUAUUUUCCCGUCUCAUGUCCAAUCAUUAUUCCUUAGACGCGGUACUCUAUCGUUUGAAUAUUGCUAGCAGCAAUUUGUGUAGUUGCGGCCAAGGUUACCAUGACAUCGAGCAUAUUGUUUGGUCGUGCGAGGUCCAUCUUGUCGCCAGAACGAAUUUCAUAGACUCCCUUCGGGCCCGAGGAAAACCACCCUAUGUUCCAGUGAGAGAUGUGCUGGGGUGAACUAGAUAUAAGCACACAAUUGUUAUCAAACAAAACG